AUGAAGAAACGAAUUGCCUUUCGAAAGCUCAAUAGAACGCCAGCUCACAAAUGGAGUAUGCUUCGAAACAUGGUCAGUUCCUUGAUUGAACAUGAGCGAAUUGUUACCACUGUUGCCAAGGCGAAGGAAGUCCGUCACCUGGCGGACAAAAUGGUGACCUUGGCCAAGGCUCAAGAUUUGCACAGCCGACGACAAGCAGCAAAGAUUGUCCGAGGGGAUUGGACAGUUAGCAAACUAUUCGAUGUCUUGGGUCCACGAUACCAGCUUCGGGAGGGAGGAUACACGCGAAUCAUGAAACUCAGCAAGAAACGAGCUGGAGACAAUGCUCCCAUGGCAGUCAUUGAGUAUGUUGACCGACCCGGUGAGAUCAGAGCUGCACGCCCACCUUCAAAGCUCCAAGAGCAAAUUCGAAUGAAGGGUAUUGAAGAAGCCAUGAAGGAAAUGGGCAUCGCUCCUCCCGAAGAGCUUGUGAGCGAAGAAGAGCUCGGCAAUAUCAGACAAGAACUAGAAUCAAGCAAGUAG